AUGCUGUAUUCAGCACCAACAUUAAGAUCAGCAGCAGCUAGCUGCCGCAUACAACCAUCAGCAUUCACAUCAUGCACAUAUCAAACGGCCGCAUCAUCUACCCCUCUUCGCGCUCCAGAUAAUCAAAACCCAAGCUCGCGACGUCGAGUGCAGGUUCCUUCCUAUAAACGCAAUGUUACAUUCAAACCUACCUCGCGCUCAGCAUCCACAGCUAGCACAUCUACCUCACCAUCCAAAUCCUCACAAACAUCUAGCCCCGCGCAAACCGAAGUUCUAAACUGGAAUACAUUUUUCAAACUCCGCCGCACUCGUCGCUGGUUCCAGCUCGGUUCUUCCAUUGGAACUGGAUUCGGUGGUUUCGCAAUCGGAGCGCAGAUUCUCACACAUACGGAUAUGGAUGCGCUGGUGGGGCAAAUUCCUUUGGAUCCGUUUAUUACAUUGGGAUUAGUGACGUUUGCGUGUGGUGGAGCGGGAUGGUUAACAGGACCAAUUUUGGGGACUGCGGCAUUCAAUCUUAAGAAUAGGAAGUUUAGACAGCAGAUGGAUGUUAAGGAGAAGGAGUUUUAUGCGAGAGUUAAGAAGUAUAGAGUGGAUCCUAGUGCGAGUUCGAUGGCGAAUCCGGUGCCCGAUUACUACGGUGAGAAAAUCUCGAGUGUGGCUGGAUAUAGGCAAUGGUUGAAGGACCAGAGAGCAUUCAACAGGAAACGACAAACAUAUGUGUAA